AUGGUAGCAAGUUGUAAGCACGAGAAUAUGGUUAAAGUUGUAAAGUGGGAGAAGCCUAUUCAACCAUUCCUGAAGCUCAAUGCUGAUGUCAUCACUAAAUACCCCGGGAAAAUUGGAGGAGGGGGAAUUCUAAGAUAUCAUCAAGCUAACGUGAUAUAUGCAUUUACCACCGCUCUUGGAUUUUGUACCAACAAGCAAGCUGAAAUCCAAGCAGCCAGCCAUGGUCUACACUGGUGUAUUCAACAUAGCUACAAGAAAAUACACUUUGAAGUAGACUCGGAACUGGUUAUUAAGUGGCCUUCAAAUCAAGCCAAACCCCCCUGGGAAUUACAGCAAUAUACUCUGGAACUGCAUAGACUAAUGCUCAAACUGAAACAAUUGAAAUACACUCAUUCCUACAGAGAGGCAAACAACACUGCUGACCAUCUCUCUAAAUGCAGUCGCAACAGACAUUGUUUAACAUUUCUACACCAAGGAACAACUCCCUACUCUUGCAAAAGAAAGCUUCAUGCUCGACAAGCUUGGUAUGGUAAACUUCAGGAGAAAGAGAAUGAAAAGAAUUAA